AGGCUACGUCACUUUUGUUUUGAGGCGAUUUUGCCAUGGGCUUUGAACGGGGCAUCUGGUUCACGCCCGGAUUCUAAAACGAAUGCAAUCACUUUUCACCCGGUGCUUCCUCCGGGGUAACUCGGGCCAGAUCAUCGAAUCCCCUCAAGGACAGUCUUGAUAAAGAGGAGCGUAACCGGGGUUGUAACGGCGUGUAUCCGGUAAGACCAGGCCGAGAGAGACGACAGUAAUAGUACUCUAUGUAGCUAGCUACUGAAAAAUAAAGAACAUUAUAGAAAGAGUUGUCGACUUUGUUGGACAACGUCUCAAAUUUGCUAAACCUUUACAAAUAGAAUACAACUGGUCGUCGGGAAAAGGGGCGGCUGUAGCACGGCAAUGGAAGCCGAGUUUCGGGGAAUCGAUGAACCCGGGAGUUGGAACGCCAUUUACCAGGAAAUCCGUCAGCAAUCAAGUGAGCUGCCCUGCAAACUUGCUAAAUUACCUGAAAACAAAACUCGGAAUCGCUACAGAGAUGUCAGCCCAUUUGACCACAGCAGAAUCCGCCUGCAACUGGGUACGAACGACUACAUUAACGCAAGCCUGAUUUCUGUAGAAGAGGCACAGAGAAGCUACAUUCUUACUCAGGGGCCCCUUCCAAACACAUGUGGUCACUUCUGGGAGAUGGUGUGGGAGCAGAGGACAAUGGGAGUGGUGAUGCUGAACCGUGUCAUAGAGAAAGGAUCUGUGAAGUGUGCCCAGUACUGGCCGCCUAGAGAGGCGAGGGAGGCGGUCUUUGAAGACACACAUUUCAAGCUAACACUUGUUUCAGAAGACAUCAAAUCCUACUACACUGUCCGUCAGCUGGAGCUAGAAAAUCUGUCGACUCUGGAAACUAGAGAGAUCCUACAUUUUCACUACACCACCUGGCCUGACUUUGGGGUGCCCGAGUCUCCAGCUUCCUUCCUUAACUUCCUGUUCAAGGUGCGGGAGUCUGGGUGCCUCAACUCUGACCAGGGGCCUGUGGUGGUGCACUGCAGCGCAGGCAUCGGACGAUCAGGAACCUUCUGUCUCGUUGACACCUGCCUCUUACUGAUGUCCAUGCGCAAGGACCCGUCGUCUGUGCACAUUCGUGACGUGCUGCUGGAGAUGCGACGCUAUCGGAUGGGCCUGAUUCAAACAGCUGACCAACUCAGAUUUUCCUACCUCGCUGUUAUUGAAGGUGCCAGGUGCAUCAUGGGAGAUGCAUCAUUGCAGGAGUCGUGGAAAGAGCUCUCCAACGAAGAGGACGUUCCUCCAGAGUUCACCCCUCCCCCGCCCCGUCCCCGUCCUCCAGGUCCAUCUGUCAACGGCACGGUUGAACCCAUCUCAUUCUUUCCUGAGAUUGUUGUUGCACAGAAUGAUUCCCACACUCGCAGUGCCCCAUCAGAGACUGCACUGCGAUGGAGGGGAGGUAGUGAAGGCGCUACCGCCCAGUCUCCGUCUCCCACUGUAUCCGCUGAUCAACCUGAUGGCCAGGCGGGAAGCAAAGAACCAGCUCCCAAAGCUUCUACGAAACCCCACCGGCUGUAUGAGACAGAAACACAACAGGGGUUGAACCAGGACCAGGCAGCAGAGCAGGCAGCGGGAGACGUUAGCCCUGAGGCUCUGGGGGCCUGGACCCCCCUGCUGGCCAAUGUAUGCCUCUGCACGGCCCUGGCCCUGGGUGCUUAUGUCUGUUACCGGGCCUGUUUCCACUGAUCUCCUCUACCCUCCUCCCUCUCUUGCUCCUCCCUUUCUCUUGUCUGUUUUUUUGCAGGGUGAAUUAGGCUGGCCAGCCGGCUCUCUCUGCCUAUGGUUUUACUCUGCUGGCUGGGCAAGUGGAUAGUUUGGACUUCAGAAAAUCGAUUUGAUUCAGACUCGCUUGUUUUCUUUAUAAAUGCAGACAGGGGUAUGUGAGUGUGGGAGGAAGGGACUGCCCCCUUCCCUUGUCACCUACCGUAGCUCUCGUAUGAACUGUCAGUUUGGACGCUCAGGGCCUCAAUUUUCAGGUAUCCCAUCCCAAAUACAGGUGUUGAUUGUCAAAACAAAUGAGUAAACACAUGUUUCUGACCGUCAGUAAAGGAAGGUGUGCGUUUGUUCCUGUGUUCCGUGAGUACUAGUGGUCCACCCUACCUAGACACAUGCACCCUCUAGUCAGUUACCAAAUAACACGCAAAUGUGUUCUUCCAUUUCAGCCUUUGCAAAAAAAAUCAGUUGGCUAUUCACCUUUCUCUCCCAAAUAGUCCUUUACAGCUGUUCAGGAGGAGUUAGUGCUUGGUUUGUGGCAACCCUGCAGUGCCAACAUAAUGAAUUGCAGCAGAGACGUUAGUGAAAAAACAACCAAACCUGAGAUGAUGGGGCAGUAUUAUACCCAGGAGUAAGCUGAGGCUAGGGGGUGGCCACCAUCCAAGGGGGACACUGCACUCCACUCCUUCCACUGGAUGAGGGAUGCAUGCAGUGGGAUAUUUACAGGCCAUAGGAGAGCUCCCUACCACUGCCCUGUUUAGGGCUUUUUGGCUAAAGCUACAGGAGGCACACUGUACGUGUGUUAAGUGUUAUCUGAGCUUUCUACUGAUGCAUGAUUUCUAUCUGCUGUCUUAGUGGGAAAUGUCACAAGCAAAUAAGUUAUAUUUGAAAUAUAUUCUAGAUUGUUUCCUGGUUCUUGACCCUGACCCCCACCACGUAUUAAUUUCUAACUUUACAUUUAAACAGGAGUGUCUAGUUGAUAAUGUGCUUUGAAUGGAAGUGCCGCACGCAUGUAUCAAGCUGUUUUUUUUUGUUGCCUAGUUUGAGGUGUUGCGUUCAUAUUUAGCCUGUUUCAAAAAGUGUACAAAUGUCAUAUUUAUCUAUCUUCUGGCUAAAGUCUUCUAUAAAGAAGUCUCCAAUGAUUUUGCAACAAUUUGUUUAACCUAUUAGAUAUACAGUAUCAUUCAGGGAUAGUGACUUCUUGCGGUCCCCACAUUGGAUGAACAAUGCAGAGGCUUUUCAUGCUAAAGAAACAAACUGGGAGAAAUGCAUCAGGUGAGCAUUGCAUAGUUAUUAAAUGUGUCUAGAGCAGGCAUCUGAACACAGGAGGCUGCAUUAACGCACACAAAUGCCAGCUCAGCCUACUGUAUGGAGACACAGGCAGCAGCUAACCCUCAUCUGCCUUUAUUUUCCCAGCCUCUGAACGAUAAACCCAUCCUGCCUGUCUGGACAGGGAGCCUGGGAUCUCAAACCAAUUAACAAACACCAGCACAGGGAUUAAAAUGCUGUAAUGAUGAUCAGCUAUGGCCUGGGCUGUCAGUUUUAGUUAACUUCUUCCACAUAGACGUCCUGCAGUUGUGAAUAAACAAGUUUUUCAUGAGAUUAGUUCAGCUGCUAGCAUUCAGUUUACCUUAGUGACUCAAAGAACUAUGUAUAUCCUGAGUCAAACGGCUGUAACUUUUCUCUAGAAUGUAUGAAGUCCUACCCACGGACGUGCCCUCUUGAUACUUUUUUCAGAUCAGGUUUCAUUGUGCUGACUUUUUUUAUGCAUUUGCAAGUAAUGAUGAACUCACAGUACCUACCUGGGCAGCUUUGUUUGCCCAGACGUCCGUUUUUCUGUACUUAUGCUCACCAUUUUGUAUUUUAUUUACAUCCAUUGUAGUCCUUUUUUAAUAAAAACAAAUAUACUGCUGA